GACAUUCAGCUGAAGACUGAAGAAGUUCUCAGACAGAAAAGACAGUUUCUGCAGUUUUAAGAUAUUGAAAGCAUCUGUAGAUUUUAUUUUUUAGCAUAUUAAUGAUACGUUCCUGUUGUGGCUUUUCAGAUCUGUGGAGUGUUCUUAUCUGGUAGUGUUGAAAAAAUGUUUCACACAUUCAUUUUCUUCUGUUUGUGGCAUCUGGUCGAUGGAGAGAAGAUUGUGUCAGUGACGGAGGGAGAUUCUGUAACUCUACACAGUGAAGUUACUAAAGAACCAAUAUAUUAUUUCCGUAAUACAGAAUGGAUGUGGGUAGGACCUGAAAAUACUCGCAUAGCUAGAUUCCUUCAGCGUAUUGAGAUGAAAAAUAUUAGAUAUUAUUAUGUUGAGAGAUUCGGAGACAGACUGCAGAUUGACAAUCAGACUGGAUCCCUGACCAUCAGGAACAUCAGAUCGACAGACUCUGGACUUUAUCAUCUGAUCAGUGAAUUCUCAGGAGAAUUAUUCAAUGUUACUGUCUAUGCUCGUCUUCCUAUUCCUGUUAUCACCAGACACUCUGCAUGUUCUUCGUCAUCAUCAUCCUCGCAGCAGAAUUGUUCAUUGUUGUGUUCAGUGGUGAAUGUGGGUCAUGUGACUCUCUCCUGGUACAAAGGAAACAGUUUAUUGUCCAGCAUCAGUGUGUCUGAUCUCAACAUCAGUCUCUCUCUACCUCUGGAGAUCGAGUGUCUGGAUGAUUCAUACAGCUGUGUGUUAAACAAUCCCAUCAGCAACCAGACUGUACGUCUCAACCGCACUGAACUCUGUCAGCCAUGUACAGACUCUGUUCACUGUUGUGGUCUCACUGAAGCUGUGAUUCGAUUGGUCAUCUCUGCUGUGGUGGGCGUGGCUACUGUUGCUGUAGUGGUGUAUGACAUCAGAUCCAGAAAAGAGGAAAAGAAACCGAGAACAUCACAAUCAGUAUUUGAAGGACAAAACAGUAUUUGACUUCCUUUGAGUCAGUUCUUGUCAGAAGUCAUGGAAACAAAACAUGAAAAAGAGCAGUAGCCCUGCAAGAUGUGUGUACUUGUGUGGUUUCUUUUUUCAUAUAUAUAUAGAAUAUUGCUUUGCAUAUUUCACUGCUUCAAAGACUUGAAAUCAAAGCAUGAGUUUAAAGAAUGUCUGGACUGAAUGGAAUCAAUUUGAACCGAGCAUCAGAAACUGAAGGUUGUUUGUAGAUUGCUGAAGGUUUCAAUUUAUAUGCACAAAUGCUAAUGCAACUACAUAUAAAGAAUCUCUAUUAGUUUUUUUUUUUUUUUUUUUGUAGACUACACUGUCACAAAUGCUGUCAGCUGAACUUAAUUUGUACAGUGCCCAAAGUAUUCCUUUUAACAAUUAAUGACAAAAUAAUAAAAUUUUUAAACUGAA